AAGCUCAAAAUACACCAGCGCAUUCACACUGGAGAGAAACCAUAUCAGUGCUCACAGUGUGGAAAAAGUUUUAAUCAACAGAGUAAUUUCAAAAAACACCAGCGCAUUCACACUGGAGAGAAACUGUAUCAGUGCUCACAGUGUGGAAAAAGUUUUAAUCAACAGAGUAAUUUCAAAAAACACCAGCGCAUUCACACUGGAGAGAAACCGUAUCAGUGCUCACAAUGUGGAAAGAGUUUUAAUCAUGCAAGUUCUCUAAAAAAACACCAGCGCAUUCACACUGCAGUGAAACCAUAUCAGUGCUCACAGUGUGAGAAGAGUUUUAACCAACAGGCUAAUCUCAAAAUACACCAGCGCAUUCACACUGGAGAGAAACCAUAUCAGUGCUCACAGUGUGGAAAGAGUUUUAAUCAUCAGAGUGAUCUGAAAAGACACCAGCACAUUCACACUGGAGUGAAACCGUAUCAGUGCUCACAGUGUGGAAAGAGUUUUAUUGGACAGAGUAAUAUGAAAAGACACCAGCACAUUCACACUGGAGAGAAACCGUGUCAGUGCUCACAGUGUGGAAAGAGUUUUAAUCAACAGAGUAAUUUUAAAAAACACCAGCGCAUUCACACUGGAGAGAAACCAUAUCAGUGCUCACAGUGUGGAAAGAGUUUUAAUACAAAGAGUCAUCUCAAAAUACACCAGUGCAUGCACAGUGGAGAGAAACCGUAUCAGUGCUCACAGUGUGGAAAGAGUUUUAUUGAACAGAGUGAUCUCAAAAGACACCAACGCAUUCACACUGGAGAGAAACCGUAUCAGUGCUCACAAUGUGGAAAGAGUUUUAAUCAUGCACGUUCUCUAAAAAAACACCAGCGCAUUCACACUGCAGUGAAACCAUAUCAGUGCUCACAGUGUGAGAAGAGUUUUAACCAACAGGCUAAUCUCAAAAUACACCAGCGCAUUCACACUGGAGAGAAACCAUAUCAGUGCUCACAGUGUGGAAAGAGUUUUAAUCAUCAGAGUGAUCUGAAAAGACACCAGCACAUUCACACUGGAGUGAAACCGUAUCAGUGCUCACAGUGUGGAAAGAGUUUUAUUGGACAGAGUAAUAUGAAAAGACACCAGCACAUUCACACUGGAGAGAAACCGUGUCAGUGCUCACAGUGUGGAAAGAGUUUUAAUCAACAGAGUAAUUUUAAAAAACACCAGCGCAUUCACACUGGAGAGAAACCAUAUCAGUGCUCACAGUGUGGAAAGAGUUUUAAUACAAAGAGUCAUCUCAAAAUACACCAGUGCAUGCACAGUGGAGAGAAACCGUAUCAGUGCUCACAGUGUGGAAAGAGUUUUAUUGAACAGAGUGAUCUCAAAAGACACCAACGCAUUCACACUGGAGAGAAACCGUAUCAGUGCUCACAGUGUGGAAAGAGUUUUAAUGGACAGAGUGAUCUGAAAAGACACCAGCGCAUUCACAGUGGAGAUAAACCAUAUCAGUGCUCACAGUGUGGAAAGAGUUUUAUUACACAGAGUAAACUUAAAAGACACCAGCACAUUCACACUGGAGAGAAACCGUAUCAGUGCUCACAGUGUGGAAAGAGUUUUAUUCAACAGAGUUAUCUCAAAAAACACAAGCGCAUUCACACUGGAGAGAAACCUUAUCAGUGCUCACAGUGUGGAAAGAGUUUUAAUACAAAGAGUGAGCUUAAAAUACACCAGCGCAUUCACACUGGAAAGAAACCAUAUCAGUGCUCACAGUGUGGAAAGAGUUUUAAUAUACAGAGUAAUCUCAAAAAACACAAGCGCAUUUAUACAGGAGAGAAGCCAUAUCAGUGUUCAGAGUGUGGAAAGAGUUUCACUCAAAGUGGUGACCUUAAAGUACACCAACGUGUUCACACAGGAGAGAAGCCGUAUCAUUGCUCAGAGUGUGGAAAGAGUUUUACUCAACGACGUAAACUCCAACAACAUCAGCGAAUGCAUACAGGAGAGAAACCGUACCACUGCUCAGAGUGUGGGAGAAGUUUUGCUCAACAGGGUCACCUUCAAAAACACCAGCGUGUUCACACAGGAGAGAAACCAUAUUACUGUUCAGAGUGUGAAAAGAGUUUUAUUCAAAGUAAUGACCUUAAAGUACACCAGCGUGUUCACACUGGAGAGAAGCCGUAUCACUGCUCAGAGUGUGGAAAGAGUUUUGCUCAACAGGUUAACCUCAAAAAUCACCAGCGUAUUCACACAGGAGAGAAACCGUAUCACUGCUCAGAGUGUGGAAAGUGUUUUGCUCAACAGGGUAACCUUCAAAAACACCAGCGUAUUCACACAGGAGAGAAACCGUAUCACUGCUCAGAGUGUGGAAACAGUUUUGCUGAACAGGGUACCCUUCAAAAACACCAGCAUAUUCACACAGGAGAGAAACAGUAUAACUGCUCAGAGUGUGGAAAGAGUUUUGCUCAAUGUAGUGCCCUUAAAGUACACCAGCGUAUUCACACAGGAGAGAAGCCGUAUCACUGCUCAGAGUGUGGAAACAGUUUUGCUGAACAUGGUACCCUUCAAAAACACCAGCGUAUUCACACAGGAGAGAAACCGUAUAACUGCUCAGAGUGUGGAAAGAGUUUUAUUCAAAGUAGUGACCUUAAGGUACACCAGCGUGUUCACACUGGAGAAAAGUCGCAUCACUGCUCAGAGUGUGGAAAGAGUUUUGCUCAACAGAGUAACCUCCAAAUACACCAGCGUAUUCACACAGGAGAGAAACCGUAUCACUGCUCAGUGUGUGGAAAGAUUUUUGCUCAUGAAAAUAAUCUCAAACGGCAUCAGCGUAUUCACGUAGAAAAACGACAUCACUGUUAA